GAGAAUGACAGCUUGGGUGAGUGCGUGAGAGUGCGUGCUAUCGCGCGCGCGCGUGUGUGUGUGUGUUUGUGUAAAAAUGGCGGAAGCUUCCUCACCGUCCUGCCGGUUUUUCUGCCACCGGUGUUCAACAGAGAUCAACCCGCUUUUACCGGACUUCACAUGUCCGCACUGUGAGUUAGGAUUCAUUGAGGCAUUGCCAGAUGAAACGAGAAGUGGAGAUAGCUCCCCAUUUGCAUCGUCCAGAAGCGGUCCGACACGGGCCUCAUUUGAGCUGAACGUGGAUCACCACCAGCACUUGCCUACCUUUCCUUCUGGGUACAGUCCGUUCACUCUUGGGAUUUUCAAUGAGAACUUUGAACUAAGAACUUGGCUACCCACAGAAGAUAAUAACCGAGAGACAGAAAUCCGGCAGGAACCAGAAAUGGCGUCGCGGCAACAAUACAGCCCACAGCCUGCGCAACAGGGUCCGCACCAAGAAGGAGUUCCCUCGUUGGAGGGAAUUCUCCAGCAGCUAGUUACAGCCAUGUCAAAUAUCGGAAUAGCACCAACAGCCAUGCCAAAUAUCGGAAUAGCAUCAACAGCAAUGCCGAAUAUUGGAAUAGCAUCGACAGCUAUGCCGAAUAUUGGAAUAGCAUCAACAGCCAUGCCGAAUAUUGGAAUGGCACCAUGGGGUAUGCUUCAUUCUAACCCAAUGGACUAUGCCUGGGGUGCCAAUGGACUGGAUGCCAUCGUAACGCAGCUGCUGAAUCAGUUUGAAAACACGGGUCCUCCUCCUGCAGAUGGAGAAAGGAUAAAACGUUUGCCCACCAUCUCUGUUACAGAGGAACACGUGGGCGCCGGUUUAGAGUGUCCUGUGUGCAAAGAAGACUACAGCGCCGGAGAACGUGUUCGACAGCUGCCAUGCAAUCAUUUGUUUCACAAUGACUGUAUAGUGCCAUGGCUGGAACAGCAUGAUACGUGCCCCGUGUGCAGGAAGAGUCUUAACGGGCAGAACACAGCCACAAACCCACCGGGUAUAUCAGGGAUGAACUUUUCUUCCUCACCUGGCAACGAGAAUGCCAGUAGCAACUCAUAGAUCCUUCCCAACCUUCACCUCCAUAUCCGCAAUGAGACCCUUGAGUCUUGUCUACAACGGACACAAGCACAGCUGUUAGUCUUAA